AGAGGAGGAGAGGAGGAGGGGGAGGGCGCAGCGGAGACAGUCACAGUGACACCUCAGAGUCACCUCCAGGACACCGGCAGGCUGCAGCACUCAUGUCCCCUGGUAACUGCAAACAACAGAGGACAGAGCUCACGCCUAUCCCCCACUCUCUCCCCCCCAUAUCCCCUGGAUCUCUUCCAGGGACCGCAGCCAGCAGCAGCAGCAGAAACAGGGGAAGGAGGGAAGCGGGGAAGGAGGAAUACACGAGUUGUUAGUCUGCCGUCCAGCUUCCGGGUGGCGGAGUGUGAGUGUGACCCGCCUCCUGCACAUCCACCGUGAUCUCCUCCAUCCACUUACCUGCUGCACAUAUUACACUGGCUGACAUGUCCGAGCUGAGGAGGAGAGGGGCCGGGGACACCGAGCAGGACUACAGCAGUGACAGAGAGGCAGGAGUUGAAGAAAAGUAUGCCGAAGCAGAUGGAGACACUAUUUUCGAAAGUGAUACUGCUGAUGUUCCACCUUCCACUGACAGCACACCAAAGGUCCUCAACAGUGCUCUGUCUGGCUUGUCUUCUAGGUGGAAAAACUGGUGGAUUCGUGGUAUUUUCAGUUUAACAAUGAUCACAUCGUUUUUUUUGCUUAUCUACAUGGGACCUGUCAUGCUCAUACUUCUGGUGUCUGCUAUCCAGGUGAAAUGCUUCCAUGAAAUAAUUUCAAUUGGCCACAAGGUGUACCGAUCCUAUGAGCUGCCUUGGUUCCGGACUCUUAGCUGGUACUUCCUUUUGUGUGUCAACUAUUUUUUCUAUGGAGAAACCCUGGCAGACUACUUUGCCUCCUCUAUGCAGAGAGAAGAGCUUCUCCAGUACCUCAUUCGCUACCAUCGCUUUAUAUCGUUUGCACUUUAUGUCAUAGGUUUCUGCAUGUUUGUACUGAGCUUAGUGAAGAAGCACUACCGUCUGCAGUUUUACAUGUUUGGAUGGACUCAUGUCACUUUGCUGAUCACUGUCACUCAAUCUCAUCUAGUCAUCCAAAAUCUUUUUGAAGGGAUGAUCUGGUUUUUAGUUCCAGUGUCCAUCGUUAUCUGCAAUGAUAUCAUGGCUUAUCUGUUUGGAUUCUUUUUUGGCAGGACCCCACUAAUAAAGUUGUCACCCAAAAAGACUUGGGAGGGCUUCAUUGGUGGAUUCUUCCUGACUAUAAUAUUCGGAUUCCUUUUCUCCUACAUCUUCGUACAGUUUCAGUACUUUGUCUGCCCUGUGGAAUAUAACAGUGAGACAAAUAGUUUCUCAACCGGUUGUGAACCAUCUGACAUCUUCAGGCUCCACGACUACUCUGUUCCUCCAUUUCUGCGGUCAUUGCUAGGAUGGACGACCGUCCGCUUGUAUCCAUUUCAGAUUCACAGCAUCGCACUCUCAACAUUUGGGUCUCUCAUUGGGCCAUUCGGAGGCUUCUUUGCCAGUGGCUUUAAGCGAGCCUUUAAGAUUAAGGAUUUCUCAGACACCAUUCCUGGGCAUGGAGGAAUUAUGGAUCGCUUUGACUGUCAGUACUUGAUGGCGACCUUUGUCCACGUGUACAUAGCCAGCUUCAUAAGAGGUCCUAAUCCCAGCAAAGUCCUGCAGCAGCUUCUAGUGCUGCAGCCUGAACAGCAGCUGAACAUCUUCAAAGUGUUGAAGGCCCACCUGAUCGAGAAAGGAGUCAUCCAAGGAACAAUUUCUGACCUAUAAGCUAACGACUUGUCAGGAAGCCAGGCUAUACCAGUGGCACCAGAGUUAUUGCACUGAUUCCAGAGCGCUCAACCAAAGACUUAGAAGUCAGUUCUCCCCUGGGAUAGGUACACCCUUUGGUGAAGGCACAAAACUGUCUUACUUUCCAUUAUACUUGGAGAUGUUGUGGACUUAAAGAAAUGUCCUGAUAAGUGACUGAGUGAAGCUCUGACUAUUGAAAUGGUAACUUUGCAAUAGACCAACCUGAAGGUUCUGUAUAUAAAGGUUCUAUGUGUCCAGUUUCUUUUAACUCUUACGUAUUUCUACUAUAGAUAAGCAACAACUCUUACAGUAUGUGUAGAAAGGGACAAGUAUAUAGUUAUAAUACUGCAUACAUCUUCCUGCUGCAUAAGGGGAAUUAUGUUUCCAAGUUCUUUUAUUGAGUAUGUUUUAUUUUUUGUUAUGUUAAAAUGAAUGGGAAUUUGAUAGCAUUUUUAAAAUUUUGUUCUAGGACAAAAGUAUGUUUUGCAACUAAGGCAUUUAUGUGAAUGUAUUGUACGCUUGCCAUGCACUGAAGUCCUUCACUCCUCCCCACAUAAUGCAACAUGGUUGGGUGCUGGAGUCUAUCUUGUUAUAAGGCAACAAAAAAGUAAAAUAAACUCCGUAGACAAUCAAGUCGUUAUCAUAGGGAACAGGCUGCAAGCGAUUUCCAGGUCGACCAAUGAAACAAUAGCGAAGGAUAAUCACGAAUGGUCUUCCCAUUGACAAAUAUGUACUAUAUCCACACAAGUUUAGUAUAUAGUCACUCCAAGCAAUUGAAGGUGUUAAUAAACCCACCAGACACAAGUUAGGGAAGAGGAAUGACAGGACGGAGAUGAGCAGUGCAUUACCUUGGAGUACUCCGUGUCAAAGGAAAUCUGCAGAUGAGGGGUCAGUGCUGUCAGAAUGGCUGUACUCAUGCAUUAGUGUUUCGUCUAAGUGGGAAUAUGGGCCCAGGAGUUCAUUAUGAAAGAUGCCGCACUCUCUUCCAGAGAGUACUGUUACCCUGGACAUGUUGCUAUAAGUAAAACCAUUGAUUUGGUGAAAGAAGGCACUACUACAAAGGGUUUUGAAAGAAGACUGUGACCCCCUAACGUGUUUGGGGUUGCUGUAUGGUGAUGUCUUCUUCUGUAUUUCUAACAUUUUCCACUUUUUUGAGAGUCCAUUGAGAUUGAGGGCUACCAGAUAAUGCUAUGCUCAUGAUCAUUGCUCAUCCCUUGUACCUUCUUCUCAACAUGGGUUUGACUAUUUCCAUACCCUGCUAUUGUUACAGCAGCUGUAUGCUUCCUUUGUGUGGACUUAAUACUCAUUUCUGAAUAGUUAUAUUCCUCUGCCUUUUUUCUUCCUAAUAUGAUGACAUUACACGGGGGCGCUUGCUGAAUCAGUUAGUACACUUAUUGUUGGAAUCUGUGAGGCUUUUGGAGAAACUGUUUUGCAGUACAUGAAUAUUUCUGUGAAUAUUAGCUAUAUAUCCUCAGAGGGAAUAUUAUCCUGUUGGUGAAGCCUUUCUUAUUUGACAGAGAUCAUUUGUAUAGUACAGUCGCACAGACCAGUUUACCAGUUAUAUAGCGCACACAUAUUCCACAGCGCUUUACAGAGAAUAUUUGGCCAUUCACAUCAGUCCCUGCCCCAAUGGAGCUUACAAUCUAUAUUCCCUACCACAUGUACACACACAUUCACACUAGGGUUAAUUUUGUUGGGAGCCAAUUAACCUACCAGUAUAUUUUUGGAUUGUGGGAGGAAACCGGAGUACCCGGAUGAAACCCACACAAGCACGGGGAGAAUAUAUAAACUCCGCACAGUUAGGGUCAUGGUGGGAAUCGAACCCAUGACCUCAGUGCUCUGAGGCAGUAAUGCUAACCAUUACACCAUCCGUACUGCCCCGCAGACCUGUAUGAUAACUAGCAAUAUAUCUGUGGCAUUGUAGACUGCUGUCCAUGUCUUGCAUAAAUAUAAUUGUGUUUAAUCUGUUCUCUUUCUGUAAUACAGGAAUUUUUACCUAUCAGGUUUUUGUUUAAAGGGUUCUUAAUGUAUAUGCUGUUUUAGCCUAAUCCGCAUUGUGUACAUUUCUUAUUUAAAACAUUUUAAAAGUAAUGUGAGGCAAAACUGUUCAGCCUAGUCAUUAGGUGAGCAGGGCUGUAAGUUAUUUAUGUCUCUGGCUGAUGUGAGACGGACGUGCAAAACAAGUGCAUGCAUUCUGUGCAGACACCCUGACUUGUACUAUUCGCUUUGUUUGUAUAAAAGUUAUAUUUACUCUUAUACAAAUGCAAGGUUACUAAGACACAAACAUUUGUCACUCCAUAUUACAGUGGAUGCAUGGGCCUGAAGACGGCUACUUUUGGUUUGCAUUAAUGCUGACCACUUGAUGAUGUGUAUGGCAGCUAUAAGACAUACACUGCACACUGGGCGUUUGAAAAUCUAUGUAAUUUUAAUAUUAAAAACUUCAGUAACAACAUAAAAACGCUAUAAUUAGAUAGGACAGAGCACUGGCAUACAGAUAAAUAUAAGACACAGUUGUGUACUCCUUCAGACAUACAUUGCUAAACAAUAAGUUAAGGAUUGGAUAAUAUAUUUUGGAUUGCUAAAAUAAUGAUACCAAUAUGCUACAGACAUUUAAAACACUGUAAGAAAAACUUCUUCCUCCUCGAUGUUUUUGAAUUUUAAAAUUCCUUAGGGGAAAAUGUAUCAAAACUUGGAGAGAGUUAAAGUACCGGCCAAUCACAAGAGCUGAUUGGUUGGUACAGUAGUUCAUCUCCAAGCUUUGAUAUAUUUCUCCCCAUGUAACCAUCUCAGAGGAAGACAAAUGCUGGUUUGUGCAUCAUAUUGUUUGUGUACUUACAGUGCUUUUCCGUGCGUGUUGGAUUUAUUAUUGUUUUUGAUCACUGUUAUGUUUCAUAGGAAGUUUUUAGUCCUUUCCCUUACCAUAGACCCUGUUAUUACUGAGGAGUAAGUAAGCUGCUCUGUAAUUCAAGAGCUACAACAUGCAAAUACAAGAAAUUCAGUACAAGGUCCUAAUUAAAUGCCAUGCUAGACAGUAAGCUGUUCAGCUAAAUGAGUGAAAGAGAUAUUUGAAAAUUAGCAACAAUUUAUCCCUUUUAACUAUUCAUUGAUGCUAGGUCUGGUAGCAUUUCGGAAUAGUUCCCAUUUAAACCAUUCGCCACUCACCGUGAAAUCAAAGGAGACCUGUUAAAAGAGGCAGACAGAAUAUUCUUUCUGUAAUAAUUUCUGUACUAAUAACCACUAAUCUUGUAAUAAUGAAAGUUGCUAAAAUGUGCAAGUGUGGCUCAGUGUUCCCUUUCCAUAACAGAAUUUUGAGAGGUUGUCUACCUUCACUCUGUCAUAUAUUGGCUAGUAGGGUUGGGUAUGGGAUGCUGACAGUCAGAAACCAGAUAGCAGCGUUCAGACUGUUUAAUCCCGACACAUUUAGUUAAAUAGGCUAACCCUCACCCUUACCUUCCCCCUAAUCCUCCCUUCCUGCCUAAGACUCACUUUCCCUGGCAUACUUACAGAUGUGUCCACUUGCAUCUACCCUCCCUGCACAUUAAACAUCCCUUGUGACUCUCGCGCUUAGCGUCUUUAUGUGCUGCUUUUUCCAUUAAAAUGCAUUUUAUUCACAAAACAAUGUGAAUAGGACGCACAAGCAGCUUACUGUAUGCUGAUUAAAAUGCUAUGUGGCAUACCUGUAUUCUGUGUCCAAACACGGCUGUAUCUGCAUACGAAAUGGUACGUUACAGUGGUUUCCUAGAAAACACUAACAUACCAUUUUGUAUGCUGACGCACACAGAAUAUAGGCAUGCCGCAUAUCAUUUUAAUCUGCAGAGUCUGCUUGUGCGUCCUAUUCACGUAGCGAUACGAAUAAGAUGCAUUUUGGCAAAAAAGACACUUGAUGCUAACAGGGUUGCAUGGGACCUGUCAGCUCACUCAUGCCAGGCAUCCCAUGCUAUGUGGCAUAUUGUGGCAAGAUGUAUAGUGACACAUCUGUAUGUUCGGGAUUCAGAGCUGUGUCGCGAUUCUGGUGCCGGUCUUCUGACCAACAGCAUCUAGAGCGUUGGGAUGACAACUACAUCCCAGCUAGGGCUUAGUACAUGCCUUUAUGCAGCUUUAUUAGAUGUGCAUUGCUUAAUCUUUCUAAUUCUUCUGGAAGCCACUAUAUAAUCCAGGCAGAAUUGUUUACUUGUGUUACCAUUGGAUAAAAACACAGAAAAGUUAGUUCUUCAUUAGAUGCAAUGGAGCAGUUAUGUGUUGUAUACAAGGGCAACAGAAGUAAUGCUUAUGCUAUUGAAAAACGCAUCUGGGAGAUUGGAAAGCUAAGCAACUCGUAUAGAAAUGCUGCAGGAGGCUAAAAUUGAAUGUCAGGGGUAAAUCUCUUUAACAUUGCAUAUGCAGUUUCCUUUUCAACUUUGUAUUGAUGGUAUCAGCAAGGUACCAUUCCAAGCUUAGACUGGAAGUCCCGUAUCUAUAGAACAGAUGCUUUACUCUAUAAUAACAACUGUUCCUGACACUGUAUGCAUAUACAGAUACGGGACCUAUAGGCACGACACAUUUUCUUUAUCUGACUCGUCCAACCCUGCCUAAAAUACAAUAUAUGACAGCAAUUCCCUCCUCAAUAUCUUUUGUAGUAGAGACCCUCCUAGCAAUAAAGAGGUGGUAAUGGGUGACAUUAGCACUUUCUGGAUAAUGAGCAUCAGACAGAAAAUCUCAUACCAUUUCCCAACAGUUCCCUCACCUAGAAGAACAUGUAACUUUGUGUAAUAGUACUUUAAGUUCUGUGAUGUACCAGAAUGUAAAACUAUUGAAAUAGCUUUUUAGAGACCAAAGUACAAAGUAUGAGCACAAAUAGGACAAAUAAAUGAAAAAAUAUAUUUUUGGUUGUCUAUUUUAGAAAGAAAACUAUUGUAUAGAUAUAGAACAAGCAAUAUUUUUUUCUUCAUAAGGUAAAACUGCUGCUUUAUUGGUGCCAGAAUUGUACGCAAAGUAACUUAAAGAAAACUUGAAUUUUUUUUUUUAAAGAUUUCAGUCUUUGAAAUGUAUAUAUUUAUUUUCUUUGUGUUUCUAUCAAAAUAAAAUGUAUUGAAACCAA